UUGAGAACGUUACGUCAAAGUCAAAAAAAGUGUCAUAGUUUCGGCGCGAAGUAAAUUUUAUUCUUUUUUUCCAAUUCCAACGAGUAUUUGUAUCACAAGAUCAAAGUAUAAAUUUAUUUAGCGUAAAAUCCCAUAAACUCAAGUAAAAUGACCGUGGGAGAAACGGGCAAAAAUUUACCAUGGGUAGAAAAAUACAGGCCUUCGAAAUUAGAAGAUUUGGUGUCACACGAUGAUAUAAUAAAGACUAUUGGUCAAUUUAUGAAAGAAAAUCAACUGCCACAUCUUUUAUUUUAUGGACCACCAGGUACAGGCAAGACAUCAACAAUUUUAGCUUGUGCCAAACAAAUGUAUACCCCACAGCAAUUUAAUUCUAUGGUACUUGAAUUGAAUGCAUCUGAUGACAGAGGAAUUGGAAUAGUUAGAGGACAAAUCCUCAGUUUUGCUUCAACAAGAACAAUAUUCAAGGCAGGUCCCAAGCUAAUAAUUUUAGAUGAAGCUGAUGCAAUGACAAAUGAUGCACAAAAUGCUCUGAGAAGAAUAAUAGAGAAGUAUACGGAUAACGUUCGUUUUUGUAUAAUCUGCAACUACCUCGGCAAGAUAAUACCGGCGUUGCAGUCGCGUUGUACGCGCUUCAGGUUCGCACCUCUACAGCACAGUCAGAUCGUACCAAGACUACGGGAUAUUGUUGAAAAGGAAAACGUAAAGAUAUCAGAAGACGGUAUUCAGGCGCUGCUGGAGUUGUCCGGCGGUGACAUGCGCAAGGUUCUUAACACGCUGCAGAGCACGUGGUUGUCGGCGCGUGACGUCACCGAGGACACCGUCUACACGUGCGUCGGACACCCGCUGCGCGCCGACAUCGAUAGCAUACUUACCAGGCUCAUGAACGAGGACGACUUCGGGGUAUGCUUCAAAUUUAUUCAAGAUUUGAAAAUUUUAAAAGGAUUAGCACUUGGCGACAUUUUAACAGAGAUUCAUACAAAAAUUCAGAGAGUGAAGUUCCCGCCGGAUGUUUUGAUAUCGCUAUUGAUCAAGAUGGCGGACUCGGAGGCGCGGCUGGCGAGUGGCUGCAGCGAGCGCAUCGAGCUGGCCGCGCUCAUCGCCGCUUUUCAUUUCGCCAGGCAACAGAUCGACAUCUCUGCUAUAACCAAUUCUUGAUUGUAUUUACGUCCACUAAUAAAAGAUUACAAUUUAUAUAUCGUCUGUUUAUUGA